AUGCUAAUCGUAGACAGGUCGAAUGACGGCAACACUCUACUCAUCACAUCGUCAGACGGAUUCUGCUCCAGUCUGAACUUCCAGCCUGGAGAACUCGGUAUUUCGUACCAACACCCUCCUAUUCCCCGCCAUGUUCCCUCUAUGAUCAACACUGCUGGAUCUCCUUCUGCAACAGCGGCAUCUCCUGCAUCGACACCCAUUACCGCAACCAUGCCUCAAUUAAUGCGUAAUCCUUCAUCACAAGGCCAUGGUGCACCUUCGCCGUCACCCUUCACUAUGCCCGGUAGUCCCGCCAGAAGCCUGUCUACGACCAGUGUUACCGGUAGCAUGGCCGCGCCCGAACAUUCAGCAGACACCCCUGAGAUGAGCAGUGUACCCAGCCUGACAGCCGCUAGCUCCGGUACAAACAUGCACGGUGGCAUGCCCAUGUAUACGCCUCCCCAGACUCCUGGAUACAUCUCCGCGACCCCCGGUAUGCCUCCUGCAGCUACCAGCGCUGGCGUCACAUCGAAAGUGGCCACAUCCGUUAAACGCGAGAACGAGGGCGGCGAAGACUCUUCCAGAGAUAAGAGGCGGAGAAUCGCACCCACACUGAUUUCUGAUCCAUGA